UGGCAGCAGUGAAGGGCACACUCAAAUGGACCGCGGAGGCUUCUACCCUCGUCUCGCCGGCUCUUCAAAGUGUCGUAUGAUCAUGCACGUUCUUGGCUACGCACCACGAUUUCUUCCGCAAUCCCCUACUCCGCAUACAUCACCCACUACUACAUCGCAUAUAUGCAAGUUCCAGCAUUCUCCGCACAUCGCCAUCGCCAUUCCGAUGCUCAGACGUCUAUUUUCUCCAUUUCGUCUCCAUCUCCAUAUGCUCCGCCAACGAUCGCUUAUCCCACGACUGCUACAUUGCCCAUUCAUACACACGCGCAAUCCACUGGAAUCCAUCACACGGUCUCGAUAGCGGCCAGGCGAUCUUGGUUGGAAUUCCCCAGAAGAUGUAUAUCCGUCUGUUUCGUCGUCCUCACGGUGGUGCCGGCGACGCUCAUUCUACACUUCGACGGGUGUUUCGAUAUGGGCACAGCAGACCCUGGGCACAUCUCCGCUGAGAGGCUCCUCAAGGUGAACUGGCCUGAUAUUUUAUCUCGUGCCAAGUACAUCUUUCCGUGCUCGUAUAUACGCCACAUCCGCAAUCUCUACAAACAACGUCAAGACGCUAUAUCACCCAGUGCACCACGGUGACAUGACGAGAGCAGGCAAUACAAGUUCACGCGCAGGCUCACUCUAACCGGCGUGACGCUCAACGGAGUCAGCACGCUCUCCCAACCUGUGAUCCGCAGGUGCUCAAUCAGCCCAGGAUAACCUC